AUGGCUACUACCCACAUCUACAUCAUCACUGGCGGCGGCUUAGCCGGCUCGACCCUCGCCGGCCGCCUCCCGCUGGACUGGGCCUACACCACGGUGCCACAGACGCACCUGGACGGCCGGGCCUGCUAUAAGAGCGCCGGCAAGGCCCUGAGCGGCGGCACCGUCGCCAAAUACGACCUGCUGGCGCGGAUGGUCAACGACGAAGGCUGGAGCUACUGCUGCCCGCUGCCUAUCUGUUACAAGCCUUCGGAACACGAUAGAGGUAUCGUGGUCGAGAAGCGCGACAGUGUCGUCCAUAUUUCGGGGAAAAGAGACGAUACCACAGAGAUUAGCUCUGCCUCCGAGUUCUGCGAGCUCCUUGGCAAAGAUAUCGGCUCAGUGACCAUGGUUGUUCGCAUCGUCAACGAGAUGUUUGUCGACCUCAACUGCGCCGAGGAUAUUGAAGUCGACAUCGCAGAUGAGAGAAGUAUACCACUUGCUGAAGUCCUGCAAUCCAAUUCCUUAGGCCCCCAGAGCAAGCUGCUUCUCGCCUAA